CGGUAGAUGAGGUCAACUUUUCCCCAGAUCCGCCAUUUCAGUCACGGAGUUUCUUGUUACACAUUAGUUUUUGAAAAAUCAUUUUAACGCUUAAGUUGUUAAGUGUUGGGGUUUGCGGUGUAACAGAAGUUCCGUCAACUUAAACGCCUUGAUACUAUUGGUGGAAGUUGGUAAAAUUGCGGUAGUAUACCUUUGUUUUUUAAGGGAAACCGUUAGUCAAUCAAAGUUUUUGUAUGAGUUGCGGAUAGGGAGAGGCGAAGGGGAAAGGCCUCAAGCCUCGGACAGGAUUUCACAGCCAUGGCCGGUAAUUUUGAUGCCGAAGACCGUGCUAGCUGGUACUGGGGAAGACUCAGCCGCCAGGAAGCAGUUUCUCUUUUACAGGGACAGAGACAUGGCGUUUUCCUGGCGAGGGAUUCAAUUACCAGCCCUGGUGACUACGUGCUGUCCGUUUCAGAGAACUCCAAAGUGUCCCAUUAUAUAAUCAACAGCAUCAGUAACAACCGGCAAUCUGGCUCAGGUUUGGCCUCUCCACGGUUUCGGAUUGGGGAUCAGGAGUUUGAGGCGCUGCCGGCCCUGCUGGAAUUUUAUAAGAUCCAUUACCUGGACACCACCACACUUAUAGAGCCUAUUAGCAAGGCCAAGCACACGGGAUUCAUCAGUUCCUCUGUUGGUGUCCCACAGCAGCCCGAGGAGGCGGAGUUUGUACGGGCGCUGUUUGACUUCCCUGGCAACGAUGAGGAGGACCUCCCCUUCCGCAAGGGUGACAUCUUGCGGGUGCUGGAGAAGCCUGAGGAGCAGUGGUGGAACGCUGCUAACCAGGAGGGCCGAGCCGGAAUGAUCCCCGUGCCCUACGUGGAGAAGUACAGGCCUGCCUCGCCCACUGCUGGCCUUGGUCCUGGACAGGGGGGGCAAGUUGGUGGGGUAACGGGCAGCACAGAUGGAACAGGGGCCCCUCAGGCCAACCCUCUGGGAGACCCAGGCCAGUAUGCUCAGCCUGUGGUCAAUGCCCAGCUCCCUAACCUACAGAAUGGGCCUGUCUAUGCCCGGGCCAUUCAGAAGAGGGUGCCCAACGCCUACGACAAGACGGCGCUCGCUCUGGAGGUGGGAGACAUGGUAAAAGUGACCAAGAUCAACGUGAAUGGCCAAUGGGAGGGUGAGUGCAAGGGAAAACGAGGCCACUUCCCCUUCACCCACGUUCGACUGUUGGAACAGCAGAAUCCUGAUGACGAGAGCUGAGAAACACACGCACUCCCAUCACCUCGACAGUGUCCAGCUCACCCCUUCUCCUUCGGUCAUUUUGUUAUGUUUGGAAAGAGAAAGAUUUAUACAAGCACACAAGAUAUGAACCUAUGCGCUAAACUGGUCAGGCACUCCUGACCCUGCCAAUGCAAGACGGUUUAGGUGAUUUUAAUUACAUUUUGAGGAGUUUACACUAAGGUCAGACUGAUAUUGGUUCGCCUAUUAGCUUUUUUUAAGUCAACAUUACACACUGCCACUGUCGGCUUCCUCUUUGACUGCAGGCUCAUAACAAUUCUCAAACAAUAUAGAUUUGUAAAGCUUAAGAAACAUUAUGUGUAUUCAGAACAAUAGCAGCAUUUAUUGGCUUAAUAUUAGUAUGUUACACUUUAAAGGAAUACACAAGUAACCACACAUUAGCUAUCCCACAAUAAUGUUGCAGCACAAGAUGGGACCUGUUUUACACCCUGUCUCUACCUAUUAGGCAUUAUUUAUAACACGCAUAGUCUAAGUGCAGUCUCAACUAAUGAUGCUUAUAACCAUUUACUUCUUAAUUAUCACCAGUAUCAGUAUCACCAAAUAAGACACACACAGUGAAGUGCUGCCUGACUUUCUGUUAGUCAGUGAAAUUUGAUUUCCGUUCUUGGGUAUAUGUAGUGCUGAUGAGAGUUACUAAAACUGUCCAAUCACAGUGUCUGUUAGUUGAUAUUACUUAUUGUUUACAUUUUGCUUUUGUAAGAAGUCAACGUGAACAGGAAAUGGACCAGCACCAAAAUACAAAAAUGUUUUUUCUUUGGUCCAAACUAAAUGAAGCCGUUUCUUGAUCAACAACUAUUGGAUGCAGUGACUGCACACAGCAUCUCAAGAGAGGCUACUAACCCUAAAAUAAUUUAUUCAGUUUUGAAUUGAACAAAUGAGCUGUGUAAGACAUUCAGUAGAACAGGGAUGAAAAUUGUUUAAAUAUUUGCAAAAUGUCAGUUUGAGAGUUUCAAUCCAAAAUGGACAGUAUUGGGCGCCUGUAACUGAUAUCGGUCAAACCUUAGUUUAUACACACCUCCAUCCCAGUAUUCGAGUCUGCACCACACAUGCACAGCAGAGUCGACCUACUUUUCCCUUCCUGUGUUAUCGGUGUACAGCAGGGAAAAAAUCGAUUGCACGCAGGAGACAAAACACUCUGCUUCUCUCACAGAAUCAUGAAUCAGUGAGCUUUUGUAACGCUAGACUGUGAACCUUGGAGUGAAACAAAGACUUUUCCUGAUGACUCCAUCUUGUGGAGACAGAUGGUCCUCUUCGCAAAGACAAUUUCACCAACUUAUUACAUCCUACACUACAAACUAAGUCUUUUUGUACUAAAAGUGGAAAAUAUUAUGAUAGAAUUGACUAUAUAUACACACACCUUACAGGCAAAAUACUGUAAACAUUCUUUAAUUCCUUAUAAAUUGAUUUUCUUUUACUUUUUGUUAUCAGAGUCUGUUGGCCUAUUAUUUUAUGGUCCUUUUUAAAAACACUAUUCAGUGCCAACAUGGCUGACUUCAAAUGCAGGAGUGGGAAAGAACAAAAUAAGCAGCACCCUUUCAAGGAGGAAAGAAAGAUAACCUGAGCCUGAUACAGAAGAUGAGAGGAGAAUGAAUAAGGGAUUUUAUUUAUGUCUUCCAGCAGUGUUUUUAUGACAUUUAUUGUCAUCCACAGAUGCUUUAACGAUAAAAUCCACCCUAAAACACUCAUUUUAUUGCAUUUUAAUGUGUAACUGGUAAAACAGACAUUUCUUGUGCCAUUCAGAUGCCAUGAUUGACAUUUUCUGUAGGUGUAUUGUUUCUUAGGAGCUGUUCCCACAUUGAAUACACAUGCUAUUACACAGUUUUUAUGAACACACACAAGCCUACUGAGCAUUGUCAAUAUAAAAUAAAAUAUAAAAUGAUCUGUUACUGGAGGAGUUUGGCUCUGCUUUGCUAAAUUUCAUUUUCCAACAUCAGAAUGUGCCCUUUAACCUUGAACCUAACGUAGGCAGAGAAAUCACUAUACUCCGGUUACCUCGUGAACACUAAUUAGGUGGCUUGCAAAUGGUUGUAAAGAGGGACGAGACCAAUGUAACACUGUUUCCAGCAACAAUAACACUGUUUUUAAAUACUAAUGCAUUAUAGCAAACUAAGAUUGGUUUCUACCGUAUACUUGUAUGUGUCAACUUUGCCAUGAUACAUAAAUGCAAUGCCGGCAAUGCUAAACUAUAGUGGGAACAAAAUGGUGAGUAACAAACCCCAGCUGCACGCAGAGGUUUUUAUUUUUUUUGUCAGUCACCAGGGAGGAUCGGCAGAGAUACAUCCUCUCUAACUCAUGUCUGGUAUUGGAAAAGAGGAGUGUCAGCAGGAACCUACUGCCUAAGCCUCCAUCAGUCAGUCUUGUUUUUGAUAUGUUAAAAUGACCAGCGCGUGGCCAUGUGCUUUCCAUAGUACUCUCAUAAAUACAUUUUAUCUUUGUGCUUUCUAAAUCAACCAAUCAAAUCAAGUGCCACCAUGUCCAGGGGUCAGAUGUAUAAAAAAAAUGCCUAUGCACACAAGUCACUUCUCCCACACUAUGAUAUUAAUAAUAAAGAAGACUAUGAUCAAAUGGUGUACUUGCACAUACAUCAAAACAGUAUAGGCAUGCGACAUGGUAAAGCAGAAAUGGGGGGGGCUGAGAGGUGGAAUUUAAUAUGCCAGUUUCAAAAAGUGUGAAUGACUUAUGUGGUUACUGUAUCUAUAUUAUAAAAGCAAUCAAAGACAUUUAUUCAUUUAUUUCCUUUGGUGCCAUACAUUGUCCCAGCUGUGUUUAAUGGAGAACUGUUUAAAUGUAACCGAUAUUUGGUGACAUUAUGCUAUUCUGCUGUUCUUUUCAACACUGUGUCUUAAGACUAAUGGAACAAAUGGAGGUGUUGAUUUGCAAACAGUUAAUGGUGCGUGUGUGUCCAGUUAUAGCUCAACUGUGGGAGUAGAAAUCAGGCCUGUGAACAAGAGCACAACUUCAUAAUGAGAUUGAUAAAACAAACCAAGAAGAGCAGAUGCAUUUGUAUGAACACAGAAUGUUUAUGCAUCUGACCCCAGAUAUUCUGAAAUGUAGUCUGCAUUUAAAAUGUGUUUAGAAAUUGUGAAAUUUUCCCUCCAUUCCUUGUUAUUGUCUCAUUUAAGGAAAUAAUUGUUUUUACACUACAUUAAUGCCAUAUUUUUCUUUCCAUAUGUUUCUUGAGAAUUUUGAACAACACCGGUGGGUCAUAUACAGCCCUGUAUAUAUUAAUAAACACAAGCAAUAGUUCCCGCCAAUAAGUCCCCACAUUCCACAUUUCUUUGUUGUAGUGAAAUAUUUGAGCUCACCAAAAUAUUGGAAUAAAGCACAUUCAACAUUUAAUGCGCUGAUAAAAAGAUGUGUAACCUAGAUUAUUGACUACUAGCAUGGAGUGCCUCUGUAAAGCUGCUGCAAAUGUGUGUUAGUGAUGUGGGGCAAGUAAAAUGCUUUAUGAAAUCUGUCACAUAAUGUUUAAGUAUUUUUAAAUUAUCUAUUGUAUAAAUUGUAAUGACAAAAAUCUAAACUGAAAAUGCAGCUGUUAUGUGUAGGGGUUGUUUUUGCACAGUGUUACAGCAAUUCAAUAUCAACACAAUGGUGGUGGUUGCUUUUGUCACACUUCCUUUAAAAGGAAAGAAGUGAUUAUGUUUCACGCACCGGUCUGUCCAUUUUGUAGUGGUACCACUUUCCCCCCCUAAUUUUUUUUGUUUGUUGCAAUACCUUUAUGCAAAGUGUUAAUCGGGUAUUGCAUCCAGAUGCAUGGCACUGAACUCACACCUGCCUUUGAGAGAAAAUAUUCUCAUUUCAUUGUCAUGAUAUCACUGUAACUCAGCUGUGCCACCGCAGUUAGUUGAAGACCAAUGACUUAGAAAAUGUUUUUAGAAGAUACCACUGAUCCUACAGUGUGCACCUUAUCUCCUCUACAGCUCAAUAAAAAAUGUAUUGUCUCUUCAAGCCAAAUAAUAUUUAAAUGUUGAUUUAAUUUUUUUCACAGUGAUCAUAUGUUUUUGCUUUUGUGACAUUUUACUCUGACUUCGAAGCGGACCGAACAAGCAAAAACAGGAUUUUUCUUUUUUUAAAGAGAUUGUACAAUGUGUCAAACUGUUGAAAAUAUAGUUAAAAUGUACCUUUUUUAUUUUCUGUAGCAUGUAAUGUGUUAAUAUAUCUAGUCAAUAAAAAUAUAAAUGCACCAAAUGGUCAGUUUGGGCUUUACAUCA